GUAUUCUUGAUGGAUGGUGGGGUUCCACCACGAGCAAGAGCUUUAAUUCUUGGCCAUACAAUUACAAACACCCCCUUUGCUUCUUUUGUAACCAAAGUGACAUGGUAACCACUCAACGGCCAAAAAUCAUGGCUCAUGACUUCCCUCCAAGCAUCUCUCACAAAGCUUGUAGCUUAAUCAUGUUUUUGUUUUUUUGGCUUAUUAAAUUACAUGAAGGACCCUUUAAUACCAUUAAUCUUACCCCAUUAGUAUAUUAAGAUUCUUCUUUGAACUUCAUAAAAUUGAGAUUGUACAAUUAAAAUUUCUCUACCACAAGUUUGAAAUUCCAUACUUUAAAAAAAAGGGUAAUUAAAAGAUUGAUUAGAGAUUAUAAAUAGUGACAACUUUGUCAUUUAGUGGCUUUCAUUCCUUUUUUAUAUGCUAAAAUUCUGUCCAGAACUCAUUUCCUGGAAACUGUCUGUGAACAAUAGUGGUUAUAGCAUAGAAGGUCUCUUUAAAUCCUUCCUCCAAUCUCCUAGAAUCCCUUUUUAAGCUUGUGAAAGAGAGAAAAUGUGCAGAGGUGUAAAGGAGAGAAGCCACAACCAAGGCAGGUUCUGCAUGAAACUAGAGGAGAAAGAAGCUGGUUCAGGCGAUGAAGCCUCAAGUUUGAUAUGCUGUGAACUCUGUGGGUCUCGAGCAUCUUUAUAUUGCCAAGCAGAUGAUGCAUUUCUGUGUAGAGAAUGUGACAAAUGGGUACAUGGUGCUAAUUUCUUAGCUCUCAGGCAUAUUAGAUGUUUUCUCUGCAACACUUGCCAAAAUCUUACACAAAGAUAUCUCAUCGGAGCUUCGAAGGAGAUAAUGCUUCCUACCAUUGUCAGUUUGAGAGAGAGAAGGCAGCAGCGUAAUUCCAACAACGAUGAAAAACAGUGUUCUACAUCACUUAAAAUGCCUUUUCUGUUUCUUUGAUAAUAUAGUUCAUCAUCUUCUUUCAUAUAUAUAUAUAUAUAUAUAUAUAUAUAUAUAUAUAUAUAUAUUUUUUUUUUUUUUUUUUCCUUUUUUUUUUCGGUUCCCUGUUCUUCCCCGCCUUUUUUUUUUCUUUAUCAGAUUCUAAUGCAAGGUCUGGUUCUUGGGAUUGUUCCUGGUUAGUAAAAUUAGAGAUUUAGAGUAUCUUUCAUGAUCUCAUGAUGUUUUCUUCAUCGAAUUGAAAAUUUUAUGGCAUUAAUUGUUGAUGGGUAUCAA